AUGUAUAAAUCAAAAGCUUUAUUUUUAAUUGUUUUUAUUGUUUUCAAUCUAAUAGUUGUGAAAUCUGACAUUGAAGCUUCUGAACUUUAUUGUUUAAGAUGGUUCAUUCAACAGUUUGGCUUAGAUUGGAGUCUAACUUCUGCCGAUUGCACACAAAUAAGUUCAAAUCCUGAAAGAAUAAAGUGUAUAAGAGACGCCGAUCAAGUUGAUCAUAUAUCUUCAUUUACUACCUACUCUUACAAUUCAACUUAUGAUCUACUUCAGCUCAUAGAUCAAUCAGAGAACGUAAAUCUCAACAGCAUUUCUCUUUCAUUUAUCUCCUUUAGCGAUUAUAUUAGUAUAUUUCCUGUAAAUUUGAACCAUCUUACAUCUUUAUCUUUAAGUUUUAAUUUUUUUAAAUCAGAUCUUACCAGUUCUAUAUUUAAACCACCAAUGGCAAGAGUAAUUCUAAACGAAAAUACAUUUGGGUCUGGUACUUUUAAGAUUAAAAAUGAUGGUAGCACUUUUGAUUCUAUGGAUUUCCUAUUUAUAAGAUUGUAUAAUCUUGGAUUAAAUAGCUUGGACUUUAAUGCAGCUCAAUGGCCUGUUCUUAAAACUUUAUCAACCGACCAAAAACUACCAUAUACUCUUAAUAUAGCUUCCAAUUCAAUAGAAAAUUUAAUUUUAGAUCAAUAUCCACUUUCACCUGCACCACCAGCAAAAUGGUUUGCGCCAAAUUUUUCAUUAUCAAUGAAAAAUUCAUUUUUUGAAGGUGAUACUGUUGACUAUGGAUCUCGUACUCCAAACUUAUUGAGUUACAAAAACAAUACCAAGUUAGGCACUGUGCUUUUCGAUUCCAAUUGUUAUUCUUUCUAUAAUUCUGAUUGUAAUUUAACAUCACCAUAUGUUCCAGAUUGUUUCUAUUGCUAUUGGGAGAUGUAUCUUUCAAGUCUUCCACCAAAUACCAAUCCACCACCAGCGGGAUUUCAUUGUAAUUUUACUGUUGAUAAAAGUUUAUACUAUGUUCCAAGUGAUUUAAGUUUGAAAUCCAUUCUUAUCAGUGGAAAUAAUAUAGGAUUAGGAUAUGAUGCAAAAAAUCUAAGUGUCAAUAUUCCAAACAAGUUGUUAACAUAUCGUCUACCUAGUAGCCAAGGAAAAGCAACUUUACAAUUUUCACCAGAAUCAGUUCAUAGAUUUGACAUAGUAUGGGGAGUUGAACCUAAAAUUCAAAGAGCUGGAUAUUUAUAUGUAGAUGAAACUUAUUGUGAAUUUUAUAUUUCAGGAAGAUUCAAUAUGUAUUCUAAUUUUACAGUUCAAGUAUAUAACCAAACUUGUAAUAAUGUCCAAGUCAACAGUACAACUAUUACUUGUAACAUGCCAAUUGCCAAAGCAAAUUACUAUAACAUUACCGUGGAUGACACUAUAACCAACUUGUUCAUUGAUACCGGUAUAUAUGUACCACCAGAACAAAAUAAUUGUGGUGUUAAUGAUCAAUGUAAUGGCAAAGGUGCAUUGCAAGGAGGAGGUGUCAUCGUCAAUCCAUCACCAACAUCACCAGAACCGACCAUCAUCGUAGAAGAUAAGAUUAAGUUCAAGUUUGACAUUGCUUCCAUUCAAGAAAUAGAUUCAGAUUCAUCAAUAGUCAAUGAAGUAUUCACCUCGAAAUGGAAUUCAACAACUAUUACUAUCGAUACACUUACAACGUAUAACUAUUAUAUAACAGUAAAUUCAACAUCGACAUCGAUAAAUGCAACGAUUGAGCAAUCAACAAAAGAUAGAGUGGUUGAAUUUGGAGGUUAUCCAACAACCUAUGCUGCAGGUUCACUUAAGCUGACGAUAAAGAUUAACAAUUGGAGUUAUAAAGACAAGUUGAAUCAUCUUCGAGUUAUCAUGACAACAACCAUUGAGAAUACCAAAGAUGAUUGCGACUCAGAUACGAUUGCCGAUGGUCAAGAUAUCAAUGAUAUCAAUUACUUGAAGGUGAUGAUGAAUGACAAGACAUUCUAUGGUAGAUUCCUUCCAUAUUCAGUGGUUGACAAUGGUAGAGUCGUCAAAGUCAACAAUCAAUUGAUCAACACAACAGUUUCUACCGUUUUGGUCAACACCGAUCGAUCUGGUGACUCUAGAUGUAGAUCAGAAUCAAGAAAAUGGUUAAUUCCAACCAUCGUUGUAGUCGUAGUUGCAUAUCCAAACAAAGCAGAUAGAGAGUUCGAUUCAAUAUUUAAAUAUGAAAGAAUUCCAAAAAAUCCAAGAAGAAAAACAAGAUCUUUAGAUUUGACUAUUAAUCACACUUAA